UGCCGCGAUCGCAAUCUUCCACGAGAAAGAACCUCGAUCUUUCAUCUUCUGGAAGAUUUCCAGCGCCCGCACUUUCCAUACCUUUCUAUGACCAGAUUAGCAAGGAACCUCGAGGCCGCUGGAGACGAUUUUCCUCGUGGAUGCGCCUUCCCCCUCCCAGAUCUGUGCUCACCGCAUUCUCGCCCAGGCGCCCACCGCUGGAGAUCGCUCCUCCUUCCUGCAAAUCUUCGCUGGAUGGCACCUCCUCGUCAAGGCUCAAGCACGAUGCCAUGGAAAACCACCGCCAUUGCCAUUAUACGCUACUGCUGCACAUUUUCGAUCCAGGGGGCUCUUUACCCGGGCGGUGUGCUGCUGCCGGGCGUGCUCUAUGAGUCGAGCAGCAUGGUCUUUCUUCUCAGUCUCAGACAUCUUCAAACUAGGCUCACAAGCACAAGCACUGCUUUUCCGCGUCCAGAUCGCUUCAUUCCUCAUCUUCGCCACCCUUUGGCCUCGAGCAUUUUCCAAGAUAAAAUGGAGGCCUGUAGUUCAUCAACAUCCAAGGCGUGGAGUGACCACAGCGCAACUUGUGAUGAGAUGAGUUGGCUCUCACAGGUUUAUUGGAUCUCUGGUGCAACCCUGGAGUUUUGUUUGCGGCUUCUGCAUCAGCUGCUUGCUCAGAUUGAGCUGCAGAGUCCAUCCAACCCGUUUUGUUUGCCAUGGCCUCGCCAGAGCAUGGAGAAAGUGAGAGUUUCAUUCCAUCGAGAAGAGAAUGGUUUCUUUCUUGAGCUUGACAGCAGCAACGCGCUGCGCGCCAUGCGCCCACAAAACGAAAAUCUCUUGCGCCGCUGUUUACAUUAUGGUAUACGUUAA